GUACUGUCACUUAUUUCUUUUGUCGUUUUGCUUGUCGAAUGCGAAAUGUUUUUCUGAACGCGUUUUUAUUUGUUUCGAUGACGUGCUAGAUCUAGAAAAGUUGUGUACUAUAUCUAAUAACAUUUAUGGGUGUUUGAUUCAAUUUCUAAUUACCGUUCAAGGAACAUUUUCUAAGUCCUACAAGUGUUAUAGGUUAGAAAGUCGGCGAUCUAUCUAAUUCGUCAUCACAAUUAUUUAUGCCAAACUUAUUUUUAGACGUCGAAACCGAAUCGACAGAAAUUAAAUAAGUGUUACGAGGGAUACCUGUCGAUUAUUUGUUAUUGUGAGUUGAAUAAAAAAUGGGGUUCUUCGGAUUUCUAACAAGAUUUCGACGCAAGAAAACAACAUCAGAAAUAUUAGAGAAACUUGAAAUGCAGAUAAGAAGCAUCGAGGAGGACGAUUUGUCUUAUAUGGAGACACAGAAACGUCUCAAUAACUACGUGAACGCGUACUCUGUCGGCCUUUACGUUCUCUUCCUGAUUUUGUACUAUUACGUCUACAUGGGCAGAGGGCAGCACUGGGUGCAUUCGGUUAUGUACGCCUCGCCGUUCGUCGUUUUCCCUAUUGUAGCAAUAUUUCUCCGGUCUACCAUACGGUGGUAUUAUAAACGAUCGAUAGUCAAGAACAGAAUGAAACUAACACAGAUGAAGGCGGAGAAGAAGAAGAUUCUAGAAGAGGUCAUGAACACUGAAACGUACAAGGUCGCGAAGAAAAUUCUAGACCAGUAUGGAAGCCCAGAGGAACAGACGAAAGCUAUCAAACCGUUCGCGCCGAGCCUCAACGUACCCGGUAAUACCCCUAGUUCGCCACUCCCAGCGACUCCUGGCCAGCUGAGGCAGCGGCAGCUGGCUCUACAGUCAUCAACACCAAUCAGCAAUAAUAUGAACGUGGUCGCCUUGAACAAUACAUCAGCGGUGUACAAGGGGCCCAGACUUAGGUCUGACCAACUGCCGCGGCCGCUUCUGGACAAGAACCGGUCAGCGUUGGACAAAGUGGUCGACUACCUGCUAAAGGACGGGCCUAACCACCGCAUGGCGCUUAUAUGCUCCGAGUGCAACUCGCAUAAUGGCAUGGCGAUGGUAGAGGAGUUCGAAUACGUGUCGUACAUCUGCGCGUACUGCGGGAAGCUGAACCCGGCGCGUAAGCAGCGGCCAGCCGCGCCGCAGCUGUCGCCCGCCCGCGCCCUGCCUGCCCCGCGCGCGCUAGCCCUGCCCGGCGAUGACUCGUCCAUAGCGAGUUCUGGAAGCGACAGUGAAGACGAAAAGAAAAAUGGUAUCCCAACAUUUGGCGGUUCAGGGGGUGAAUCGGAUCGGCCCACCUCGGCGGAGGAGGAGCCGAAAUCCGGGGAAGCUAAAAAAGAAGACUGAACGAUACGAGACAUAUUUAUUGCAUAAUAAUUAAAUAAUCCACAUUCGUGGAUAAUAAGCGACACGGCCACCAGUAUCGAUUGCCGCCAUUUUGUGACCGGCGGCCAUUUUGUGGUAGGACGCCAUUAUGAAACGAAGUUCAAAUCAUAACAAAAUUCUAAAAUGGAACAUGAGAAAUUGUCGUGAAUAAUAAGACAGUAAGUAACAAUAAGUUUAAAAGACAUGCUUCCGCAUUUUACGCAAAAGGCUUUAUUUUGUUUGAUAAUCAUAAUUGUAACAUAUAAUGGUCUUAUUUUCAACCGACUUCAAAAAAAGAGGUUCUCAUUUUCAUUCGCUUUUUUUAUGUUUGUUACCUCAUAACUCCAUUAGUUGUUAAUCGAUUUGUAUUUAAAAGUGUAUAAUUACAUUAACAAAUUGGUCCCACAGAAAUUUUAACAACAUUGAUUCAGUAGUUUCGUUUAAAAUCAAAGUUAUUGAUUUUGGCACAAUUGAAGUCGGUUUUUUUUGUAGAACACAAUUUUAAAUUAUAUGUGUUCUUUAUUUAAAAUUGGUAAAUUCAAACGACACGAAUCACGAGUAUGAAAUUCGAUAAUUUUUUAUUGUCUUACUCCACAAUAAUACAUGAGCGAAAAUAUACAAUUAUUUAUUAGUAUUUAGGCUGAUUGUUUAAGACGAGACAGCAUAUUAUAUUAUUUAUUGACUUUUUUAUAAUGCUAGUUUAGAGGUUUAUUGGAUAUCGAAAAUAUUGAAUUUUAUUGUAGUCACAUAAAGUUACUUUUUGAUUGUCUUGAGUGUUAUUAAUAGGUCUUUUUUUUAAUAUAUAUGCCAGCUCCUUAUAUUUCGUUUAAAAAUGUGGACAAUAAUGAAGGUUGCCAAUGCACACGUUUGUUAAAUCAGAAUAGCAUGUUACUAUAAGGCAAAUGUUAGCAUCUGUUAACUAGAUAAUGUUUGUUUUAAUACACAUAUAUAUGGUAUUAAAAAAUAUUUUACAAGUAUAUUGAGACUGCUCUGUAUCAAAAAUAAAAAUCAUGAAGAAAAUUUCAAAAAAAGAAUACAAAUUUUUAAUGAUUAAGAAAUGUUAAAAAAAGG